UUUACAUUGUCAUGGUUUUAUUUACUUUUACCUAGUAAUAUUUUAAAAUUACUGUUAAUGAAGUAAAAAUUUUGAUUCGAACAAAACAAAUUUAAAAAUGGCCAGCAAAGAAUAUUAUGAACGAUGGUUGAAAAUAAAAGAAGAUUUCGAAAAAGCCUUAGCCGCUGAUCAAAAGAUCCAGGAUUUAGCAUCAGACGGCAUAGGAAUUAAGCCUCAAGCCACUGCAAUAGAAAUAAUAGCGAGAGUAUACUCUCAGUACUGCAUAUUAUAUAAUCGAUUAUGUGAAUGCUACGAUCAAAUGGAUCAAGUACAAAGACGUCCAUACAUCAGACAAAUUAUUGACACCAUAACUUGUCGUUUGUUGGAAUUAAAAUCAUCAUUAGAAACUGUUGAAUUCUUUGAAUAUACGUAUCCUGAUAACGCUCUUAAACAAAUGCUCAUAAUACCUCAGGAUGUAGAAAUACUUUGCCCAUUUUUCUAUCCAUUUGAAAUUAGACAAAAAGAAAUGCAAUAUGUCAUUGAUCAAAUUUUCGCUGGUAAUCGCAUAGGUGAUCCCACACCAACUCAAUCAGAAUUAGAGCUUCGAGAACAACAACGCUUGGAAGAAGAAACGAGAUUAAGGGAAGAGAAGGAAGAGGAGAUAAGACGAAAAUUAGCACUGGGCGAAGACAUUGAAUCCAUACACUCAGAAGUACUUACUCCUGAAGAGAAAGAGAAAAGGCGACUAGAAGAAGAAUAUAACCGGCAUGUGAAUAAUAUUCAACGUAUGGAACGGUCAAGAAGCAUUGUUAGACUAAAUGCUAAAAAAUUGAAUAAAGAUAAUGCUUUAUAUUUGGAACUUGCAGGUCUUAAAAAACCAGAGGCAUCGCCAUAUAUGAAAGAAAGAGCCGCUGCGCUUAUUAAAUCGAUUUAUAAGCGAUUCAUGGAGAUAAAGCGAGAGCAAAAACGGGAAAACAAAUUAAAAGAAAAACUUCAAAUGAUUAUAACCUCACAACCUAAACCAUCGGAAAAAACAGAAUUAAAAAGAGUAGAACAGAUACGCCGCAGUUAUAGACAAAAAUAUCAUGAGAAGUGGUUAGAAGAUCAUAUCAAAGAAAAAGCUCACAUUUUACAAAUCAAAGAAGAUUAUAUAAUGGACGAUAUAACCAGUGAAAUUAGGGAGUGGUUUCGAGUGUGGUAUAACAAAGUCCGUACAUUUGAUGAGUAUCCGUGGCCUGAAGAGGGUGGAUCAAUUUUAGUUGUAAAAGGAGAAACUUUUACUAUAGAAGAAUAUAUUGAGUAUCGAGCUAAGGAAGAUAAACGUCUGAAAGAAGAAGCUGGUAAUCCAAAAUCUAAACAACAAAUUAAAGCAGAAAAAUUGGAAGCAAAAUUAGAACAAAGACGUAUAGAGAAAGAAGCAUUGGAAAAAGAGAAAAAAAGAUUUAGCGAUUACAGAAAAUCACGACUCAAUCCAGCUAAUGAUCCGGGAAUCUAUUUCAAUGUAGGUAAACAAUUUGAAAAGUUACGAGAAGCGUGGAAAGAUUAUCAGACACAAUGGAGAAAUAUUGAUGUACCAGAUCCUCCCUUAGAAGUAAUCAAAGGCUACAUAAAAGAUUUAGUCGUAGGCACCGCUUAUCAAGAAGUACAUUUACAAUUGCGGCCCAUUGUAGAUGAGUUAAUGAGAUUAGAGUUAGAACAGUUAAAGGUGUCGCUCAAAAACGAUUACAAUGUCGCUGGGAUCAGCAAGCCUCCUCAAAGUGAAAAAAGGAAAAAACCAAGGAAACCUAGGGUACCGAAACCGGAGAAAGUACCACCCGCCAGAAUGUUUCAAGAAUUGUUUGACGAAGGUAUCAUUAAGCAGCAUAAACAUCUAACUAUUGAUGAUUUUUGGGGCGACAGAAACUAUGCUGCAGCUGAUAUGAGAGCAAUUGAAUGGACGCCAACGUUCCCACCGCCAUGCCUAGGCGAUGUUCGAGAACAAAUAAGAAUUCGAUGUUUGUUAACGCUAGGUUCAUCUUGUCGCAAUGCAAACCGGUCCCUACUUCUUGUGGGGCCCAAAGGGUCAGGAAAGAAGACACUCGUUUAUGCAUUGGCAACUGAAACCAAUUCAAUUUUAAUAGAUCUAUCACCAUUUAAUGUUUAUAACAAAUAUCCAGGUCCAAAAAACUUAAAAAAGAUGUUUAAUCUAAUCAACAAAGUAAGCAGGCUUAUGCAACCCGCUAUAAUUUUAGUGUCGGACGCUGACAAAAUAUUUUACAAGAAAGUACCUCCCGAAGAAAAAAUGUUUGACCCAACACGAUUACAAAAAGACUUAUAUAAGGAAAUUGUGAAACCUUUAUCAGACAAGGAUAAAAUUCUAGUAAUUGGAACAGCAUCAGAACCAUGGUUGACGAAAGGCGCUUUAAUGUUAAAGGUAUUUUCAUCUAUGAUCGUAUUUCCUCGAAGCGACUACGGUAGCAUAUCAUUUAUUUUAAAGAAAAUUUUGAUGAAGUAUCAUGGCAUAGAUAGAGAAUUUAACGUUAAUUCUUUAGCACAAGCAUUGCGUGGUUUUGACAUAAACACUAUAAGGCGUGCCAUUGAGACAGUGCUGAACGGUGAUAGGAUUGCACAAUUAUACUACAAACCACUGGAACCUGCAGAAAUACUGAAAGCAGCAAUGAACGACAGUCAAUGUAACUACAUAGAUCCAUUUGAUUAUGACAUGUUCACGCAAUGGUACCUUGCGUCUUCGCCAUGGGGAGGAGAAUAUGCUUAUUACAUGCUAAUGCUGGAGUCGCAACUUAAUUACAAGUUAAAAGAGGAAAAGAAGAAGAAAAAAUAAAAUAACUAAGUAUUGUCAUAUAUUCAUUAGUAAGUUAUUUUUUUAAAAUUCUAUGGUCAGUUUAUGUAAAAACGGCUCUUUGACCACUGUAAUGGAUAUCGCAUCAUCAAUGUUUUAAAAAUAACGGUUUGUCAUUAAAGUUUGUUUUAUACUGCAUAA